AUGUCCAGCCUUGAAAAUCACAUAAAACGGCCAAUGAACGCUUUCAUGAUAUGGUCCAGUCGCAAACGCCGGGAAUUAGCGCGUGAAAAUCCUAAACUUCAUAACUCGCAAAUCAGCAAGAUUCUUGGCUCGGAGUGGAGAAAACUCACCGAGGAGGAAAAACAAAAGUUUUUCGCACAAGCCAAACUAUUGAGCGAGCUCCACAUGAUAGAACAUCCUGAUUACAAGUACAGACCGAAGAGACGGCCCAAGAAAAAGUACUUGAAACACAACCUGAGCCUCAACCAAGCGUCCUGUUCGUUCGGACCGUGUGUUUGCCACGAGUCCUCUGCGGCGCCGCAAGAGAACGAUCAGCUGGGGGAAAAUCCUGAACAUUUCAAUGGAAAUGAAGAUUUUAAAAGUGGUGAAGUCCCUGUUAAGAAGGAAGAAACUGAAUACGAAGACCAAAGUUGUCUUCCCGCUUCGCGACCAGAAAGCGCUCCUAGCAAAGAGGAAAAUUUUGAAGACCUCCCUUCGCAUGUACAGUUGAGAUCCUCGUCAUAUUUGCACAAGGAUAACUGUAAGGCAAGCAGAAACAUAGGUGGUCAAGAGAAGAUUCACCAUCGGAGAUUUACGGAUGAGUUAAGUUUCCGAGAACAUCGAGUGCCGUUGUCGAGAGGUUGCCAUUCCAUGACGUUUCACUCAACACCAUUUCAAAGUCAGCGCCACUUUUUGCAAAGUCACAUCCCUGGCGAGAGGGAAGUGAUGCAAAUACUUCCUUACCUCCCUCCUGUUAGAUGUGGCUGCUGCCUUCCUCCAGAAGGGCUUCCAACCGAAAAUGAAUUUUCACUCGGGCCACACGAUACCCCAUAUGUUAUUGUUGACCCAAGAAGUCAAUACUUUUACGAAGGAAGAUGGUGA